AUGAAACUAAUCAAAAUCAACACAGCACAAGCGAACGGAGUUCCAAAUAAAAUCGCGAUUCACGUGACCAAAGAAGAUCUUGAAAGAGAUCUUCGGCUGGCGGCGAAAGAAGCAGAUUGUCCUGACACAUUCGUUUUGAUAACAGAAAGCUCCACAGGUAUAGUUCAGAGACUAGGUGAGAACGAAGAAAAGCUGCGUAAAUCAAGAACGAUGGCGGAAAGGAUCUUGAAAGAAGAAUCGGAUUCAGCAAUUUUUAUCGAGGAGGAUUAUGCAAAACGAUCAAACAUAAUCAUUGAAACACCACAGCAGACCCAGACAAACAACAUCGGAGAAGUAAAGCGAGAAGACGAAAAGCAAGAAAGACUCGAGAAACUUGAGAAGGAAAACACCGAGCUGAAGAAAAUUGUCAACGCGAAUCAAACUGAACUUCUUAACCUGCGAAUGCAAGGAGAGAUGCAGUUUAACGCAUUAAAAGACAUGGGAGAAUCCAUCAAUGAUCUCAGAAAAUAUUUUGCAAAGAAGAACACGAUGAGUGACAAUGAGGAACUCACUGGGGGAAGUGAGGGAAGUAACCUGCAAAGUCUAGAGGAACGAGCAGAUGAGAGUAAGGAAGAGAGGAAAAGAUUUGUGAGGACGGAAGUCAAGAAAUUUUUCGCGAAUCCCGCAAAAUUCAAUAUGAUAUCGUGGACUGACAACGAGGACAUUACGUUUGACGAGCAUUUAGCAAGAAACCGGAUUGCUAUACGAAGCGCUAAAGAAUCAGGACUUGCUGACAGCCAAUUAAUCAACCUAUUUCUUCUCACGCUGAGACCAAGAGACCACUACCUGGACGAGGUAGUUGGGGUUAGAGAUCGAAAAGACUUCAAGACGUUCAUCGAAGGCCUUGGACGAUAUUUCAAUGGAUCCUCAACAACGAGCAUGAACAAAGUUAUCACCGCAAGAAGAAAACCGAAUGAGAAACUUAUCGAAUUUUUCAUACGGUUAAGAUCAAUGUAUGGAAUGACGGGAAGAGACCCAACAGAAGGGGAGACACCAAACCUCUUUUACACUAUCCUGCUGAACAAUGCAACGAAAAUUCAGAAGACCGAACUGAUAAGAGACUUAGAUGUUGAAAGAAGGAAAACACCAAUAAAGCUAGACGACCUUAAAGACGCAGUUUUGAAGGCCCAAAUGGUGGAUGAUCAAAGCUACGAUGCAAACACUCAACAUCUUGUGUAUAACAUCAACGAUCAGCAAAAACAAAGAGGUUAUGAACAACGAAACGAAAUGCCAAGAUCAAGCUCUAGAAAGCUUAUUGACAAAUCAAAUGUUGUUUGUUACAACUGCGACUCCAAAGGGCACAUGUGGCGUGACUGCCAAAAGCCUUUAAAACAACGAUUUGUCCGAAUAAAAGAAAGAACAAAACAACAACAAGGAUAUCCGAGAGAGCCUAGAACCCCUCGAGGGACAGGCUAUCGAGCGAACAAAAGCACCUAA